AUGCGCCCCAACAAGCCCUCAGCUGCCUCCCCCAACGUCUUCUGGCUCGAUGCAAAGACACCCACAAACUUCAAGUCGACGUCCGACUUCAGAGACAAGAACAUCAUUGCUGUCCGAGCCCAGCAGUAUUCGGCCCAGAAGCGGUUGGAGCAGGCCUCACUGUUUUUUGAAUGGCAAAAUUAUGGCUCGCAGCUUCUGCAUGGACAAAGUUCAUCGUUGUCAGGUUACGGGCCGGAACUUGCCAGACAGAAGAAACACUUGAACGCGACGCCGAAGGACCCCUCGAGCGAAAGAUCGUCAAGAGACGGCCCCAGCGGCAACAACGUGUACGCCCAACAAGAGCUACUCAGGGUUCGAGCAUUAGGAAGGUCUCUGCGGACGAUCUGGGCAGACGAAGUUGGAACAUCCAAUGGGGCCAGAAUUCUGGUGCCUGCGCAAAAGAAAGUUUACAGGUCGUACGUGUGCCAUGAAGCCGUGAUGCAUGCCCUCCUAGCAUACUGCUGGUCAGUCCUCGCUCGUCUGCAUCCCAACAACAAGGAACUAUAUUACAGUUGCGCACUUGACCAUGAAACUCAGGGAAUUCGUGUGCUGCAGCGAGUUAUAUCUUCGGGACCCAUUACAGGUGACGAUGUCGAGGUCGCCGUGCAGACGAUCUUGUUGUUGUGCUGCUCAGCGGUGUACCGAUCAAACCUUGAUGCGCUCUUUCACCACUUGCAAGGACUCAAGCAAAUGAUUCAGUGCGUGGGAGGGCUCGACGGGCUCUCCUGGAUCAGAAAAGAGAUUCUUAUCUACCUUGUUGUACGAGCGGCUGCUGCUACGGGCACGUGCAGCGUUCUCGACUAUGUAGACUGGGACCCUGGGCAGUGGUGGCGCGAGGAUACAUCUCAUUGUGAGACCACGCCCGACCUAGUAACAGGUCGCAAGAGAUCAGCCGAGUUGGGUCUUGGUCUUCCGUCCCCCUCAGCCUCGCCGAGAACGAGCGACUUUCGCUGCAUUUUCGCGGAAUUGCGUGAGCUGGUGGAGGUGGAAAAUCUCAAAAGGCGGAUGGUUAAUGACGAUCCAGAACACAUCAACAAGCUGUUCCGCUGGUCUUUUCUUCGGCGACAAGCCGUCAGAGCUCGAAUCUUGGACUAUUGGUAUGUCUUAACAGAGCCGACGAAUGCUGUCGAACCUUGCUCGCGGACUUCGGCGCCUACGACGGUGCACCAUGCAUCUGUUGGUAUGUGUCUUUGUCUAGCCCUGCACCUAGUCAUGGCUUUUGGUCUAGAAGCAUCACUCCUGCAUGGUACAUGGGUUUCCACGAUCCAGGUCUGGCACAUUAUGCUACUCAGAUGCAUGCAUAAGCUUGGAUUUGAGAGCGAAGAGAUUGACCAAUCCCAUCCGGAUGCAUUGGAUCUCCUGUGGACCUAUGGCAUAGGAGCCUAUGUGGAACAGCUGUCCCUGACCCAUGUGCUUCGAAAGGAGCCUAACUUUUGGGUCCCCUAUACUGCUGAGCGUGUGGACAUUCAAUGGUUUUCUGCUCGAUUCGGAAUUUUGGCUCGAAGGCUUGGCUACAGACAAUAUCAAGACGUCGCUGUGCUUUUCGAGAAACGCUACGUCCACAUAGCAUCGCUCCAGGACUCUGUUCUUAGCAAGAUAUUCGACUUUGGCUGUUGA